UGUAGAUGAGGGGGCGGGGCCGCGCCGGGCGUGUGUCGGCGCCUGCCGCCAGCUGCAGCCAGCGGUGCCGAGCGGCGCCAGCCCCGGCCCCAGCUGCAGCGCCCGGGCCGGGCCGGACCCGGCCGAGCCGAGCCGGCCUCCCGCAGCCCCCAGCCCGCCGCCCGCAGCCCCCAGCCCGCUUCCAGCAUGGCCGAGCCGGCGGCGGCGCCGGGCCCCGAGGGCGAGGAGGGCCCGGUGCGCUUCGCCCGCAAGGGCGCCCUGCGGCAGAAGAACGUGCACGAGGUGAAGAACCACAAGUUCACGGCGCGGUUCUUCAAGCAGCCCACCUUCUGCAGCCACUGCACCGACUUCAUCUGGGGCUUCGGGAAGCAGGGCUUCCAGUGUCAAGUUUGCUGCUUCGUCGUGCACAAGCGGUGCCAUGAGUUCGUUACCUUCUCGUGCCCCGGUGCUGAUAAAGGCCCUGCCUCGGAUGAUCCCCGGAGCAAACACAAGUUUAAAAUCCACACGUAUUCCAGCCCCACCUUCUGUGACCACUGCGGGUCGUUGCUGUACGGGCUCAUUCACCAGGGGAUGAAAUGCGACACCUGCAUGAUGAACGUGCACAAGCGCUGCGUGAUGAACGUCCCGAGCUUGUGUGGGACGGACCACACCGAGCGCCGGGGCCGGAUAUACAUCAGGGCCGACAUCGAGAAGGAUGUUCUAACCGUUGUAGUAAGAGAUGCUAAAAACCUAGUUCCUAUGGAUCCUAAUGGCUUGUCAGAUCCCUACGUGAAGCUUAAAUUAAUCCCUGACCCCAAAAAUGAAAGCAAACAGAAGACCAAAACUAUAAAGUGCUCCCUGAAUCCUGAGUGGAAUGAGACAUUUAAAUUCCAACUGAAGGAGGCAGACAAAGACAGAAGGUUGUCUGUGGAGAUUUGGGACUGGGAUCUGACCAGCAGAAAUGACUUCAUGGGCUCCUUGUCCUUCGGGAUUUCCGAGCUGCAGAAGUCCGGAGUUGAUGGAUGGUUUAAGCUGCUGAGCCAGGAGGAGGGAGAGUACUUCAACGUGCCAGUGCCUCCCGAGGGAGAAGAAGGAAACGAGGAACUGAGGCAGAAAUUUGAGAGAGCCAAGAUUGGCACAGGGUCCAAGGCUGCAGAUGAGAAGACAACAAAUGCCAUUUCUAAGUUCGAUAACAACGGGAGCAGAGAUCGGAUGAAACUUUCAGAUUUCAAUUUCCUGAUGGUGCUGGGAAAAGGAAGCUUUGGAAAGGUCAUGCUGGCGGAGAGGAAGGGCACCGACGAGCUCUAUGCCGUUAAGAUCCUGAAGAAGGAUGUCGUUAUCCAGGACGAUGACGUAGAGUGCACCAUGGUCGAGAAAAGAGUGCUGGCUCUCUCCGGGAAGCCUCCGUUCCUGACACAGCUUCACUCCUGCUUUCAGACGAUGGAUCGCUUGUAUUUUGUGAUGGAAUAUGUGAAUGGCGGGGACUUAAUGUACCAGAUCCAGCAGGUUGGGAGGUUUAAAGAGCCACAUGCUGUAUUCUAUGCUGCAGAAAUAGCCAUUGGCCUCUUCUUCCUGCAAAGCAAAGGCAUCAUUUAUCGGGACCUCAAGCUGGACAACGUGAUGCUGGACAGCGAAGGGCACAUCAAGAUCGCGGACUUUGGCAUGUGCAAGGAGAACAUCUGGGACGGGGUGACUACCAAGACCUUCUGCGGCACCCCUGACUACAUCGCGCCCGAGAUAAUUGCUUAUCAGCCCUAUGGGAAGUCGGUGGACUGGUGGGCAUUUGGAGUCCUGCUCUAUGAAAUGUUAGCUGGCCAGGCUCCCUUUGAGGGAGAAGAUGAAGAUGAGCUCUUCCAGUCCAUCAUGGAGCAUAACGUGGCCUACCCCAAGUCCAUGUCCAAGGAGGCGGUGGCGAUCUGCAAAGGGCUGAUGACCAAGCACCCUGCCAAGCGGCUGGGCUGUGGCCCAGAAGGGGAGCGGGACAUCAAGGAGCACGCCUUCUUCCGCUACAUCGACUGGGACAAGCUGGAGCGCAAAGAGAUUCAGCCUCCCUUCAAGCCAAAGGCUAAAGACAAACGAGACACUUCCAACUUCGACAAAGAGUUCACCAGGCAGCCUGUGGAGCUGACGCCCACCGACAAACUCUUCAUCAUGAACUUGGACCAGAACGAGUUUGCUGGAUUCUCCUACACUAACCCGGAAUUUGUCAUUAACGUGUAGUCGCGGUGCAGACGCUGCCCUCCCUGCUCCCGCAGCCAGAAACUUCAGCUCGCCUUGUAAAUACCGACACUAGUCUUCCGGGAUCAGCAGUGCAUACGUACAUACCCUCAUCAAAACACGACGACCGCUUGUUUUAGGAGGCCUCUGUAUGUGUGUGACACUUGCUAGCUUGGGUUCCCUAGCUGGAAAUGUGCGGGGUUUUGAGUUAACAAGCAGUAAUACUUCUAGGAACUGUAGUUGGUGGUGACUAAUAGAGUUUUUAAACAGAAAUAUACCAAAUUGCUACAGUCUUUGUAAUUUUUGAAAUCAGAUGCUGAAAUUCUGGUGAACUUAGGUAUUCACAAAUUGUUUCCGUUGAAUGCUAAGCAUGGUUGAUAUUUUAAACCGUUGUGCUGAAGCUUGCAAUGACUGUGAACGUGUCUUAGAAGAGCCUUUUGUUUGAGACAUGGAUACAUUUGAUCAGUGUGGAAAAGUCUGCUUGUAGACAUACUUAUAUUUUUAAAUGCCUUGUACAUACAGUCACACCGGCUCCCUGAAGCUGUCUUCCUCCUUAGCCUGCUGUAAGCGUGUGCGUUUCACCACAUCCCUUCCUAUUACUCAGGCAUUAAGACUACAAAAUGAAUUUCAUUCCGGUUCUUGUAAAUCAGAGCAAAUCUUUUUCUAAGUGAAAGGUGGGAUUUUUUUUUUUUAACAUCUGGAACAGUUUGCAGUUUUGAUAUACUAUGUCAGCACUCCCAUAAAUCUUUCUCCUGUUUUUUCACAGACACUGUCAAAAUUUAACAGCUCUGUAAAGGAUAUUAAUAUUCUACCAAAACAAAACACAUUUAUAUUCUCGGUUUACAAUUUACCAACUGAAAAUACGCCCGCUACAGAAGGGCUGUACUGAGGGCUAUUUAUAAAGGUAACUUUUAUACUUUAUACCCUCUGCUAUUAUCUUAAAGGCUCAAAAUCAUGAAUUUUACAGGCAUCUUGGUUUACCUGAUUUCAGCCAAAAUUCCUGGGGAUUUUAUUCAGUACUCCAGGACCUUCUGCAUCGUUUCAGAACCCCUGACUCCCAAGGGGAAGCCGACGCUUUGGCGGCGAAGCUCGCCGUGCGCAGGGCGGCGGGGCUGGGUGGUGGCUGCUGCCCGCAGCAGGACGAGGGCUGAGCGUGUGCCCCCAUGACACUGCUGCCACUCCUCCCCUGGCACACACGAGUUCGGUUGGUUUGCAAAGAAAGCACCUACAUUUUUUGAAAUACGACCAAUUUUAAUGUAAAUACACAUUACUUCAUGAAUAUGGGGGGAAAAAAAUGAGGGUGGAAUUUUCUGAAUCAUGAGGAAUCCUACCAAGGAAAUUCCGGUUUGUAGAUGUUUUUUAAACAUCAGACUCUACCUUUUGAAAUUCUUUUUUCAAUGCCUCGAUAAGUGAAAGGACUGCUGGAAGCUAACACUGGUGCUGCAGCCGCUGGCUCGGUGCCACGAGCAGGUCUCCUCGUCCCGUGACCAGACGGAAGGCCGGCCCUGCCCUGUGCGUGUCGGGGUACGUGAGCUGUGGCCGUGGUCUCAGGUACUGAGCUGGGCUUGAGGAAACAAAACCAAACACAGAAAAACUGCAAAUUGUGCCAGAUGGACAAGGGAGCUUGUGGGCAACUUUGCAUCAGACUAAGACCGGGAAAGUCGGAGUUAGUUUCUGAUGAGAGUUCCCAUAACCCCAGCACACGUCUCAGAAGACGCCUCGCCAUCUUCUGCAGACCACAGUUGAUGUUCAGAGCAUGUAUGUUACUGUAACUUUCAAAUCUGUUGCUGCAGAAUUAGUAUAACUUCAAUGGUGAA